UCAACAUGUGGAAUCCUGACAGCGGGACCCUGAGACCACUUUUAGUUUGUAUUGCUCUGCUCCUGCCCGCCAUCGACAUCCUCGACGCAUUCGAUGCCAGAUUUUGUAAUGAGCCACUCGGGAUGGAAUCCGGUGCAAUUCCCGAUGACGCCAUCACCGCCAGCUCCUCUUAUGUCCCGAACGUGGGGCCCCGGAAUGGCAGAUUGAGGGUGGAACGCGCCGGUGGUGGCUGGUGUCCCAAACAACAAGUGGAGCGGGGCAUCAGGGAAUUCCUUCAAAUAGAUUUGGGAUCGGUGCACAUGGUUACCGGCGUACAGACCCAGGGCAGAUACGACAGGGGCAGAGGCCAGGAAUACACCGAGGAGUACACCUUGGAGUACUGGAGGCCGGAUCUGCAGGAGUGGAAGGAGUACAAACGCUGGGACGGAAAGCAGAUCCUCCGCGGGAACAGUGACACCGCAUCAGUCGAAAGUCACAAAUUGAUGCCCACUAUUUUCGCCAGCAAGGUCAGGAUUCUGCCCUACAGCAUCCAUCGCAGGACCGUUUGUCUCCGCAUGGAACUUCUCGGUUGUCCUUACACAGGCGGGAUUGUCUCGUAUUCGGCGCCCGAAAGCUCCGAGUCCUCGCAAGGACUGUACGACAGCUCGUACGACGGACGCUUGUCCCAGGGGGAGCUGACGGAGGGACUCGGUCGUUUGGUUGACGGCGAAGUGGGUCUGGACAACUUUCGCCUUGACAUCGGAUACGGAAAAGGCAAUGGGUGGGUGGCGUGGAAGAACGACUCCGUAUCCAGUGGUUACGUGGAGCUUCUUUUCGCGUUCGACCAAGUGCGAAACUUCAGCUCCGUACAUUUAUACACAAACAACUUUUUCAGCAGGAAUGUUCAGGUUUUUUCUAAGGCGAAAGUGAUGUUCAGCGUCGGCGGCGAGUUCUACAACGGACCCACGCUGUCGUUCUCGUACAUGCCGGAUCGCGUACUGGAGAACGCCCGGAAUGUCUCCAUCAAUCUUCAUCACAGGAUCGGUCGUUUCAUCAAGCUACGUCUGUUCUUCGCCGAUCGCUGGAUCAUGCUGAGCGAAGUUGCCUUUGAAUCUGCCCCCAUUUCGUACAACGCCAGCGAGGAAGUGACGCCGGACGAAACGGACGACGAACUAAUCAUCACUUCGACCGGGGACAAAACGGCCGAAACAUUCGAAACAAUCGCUGCUCGGAAAGACGGAGACACUUAUGUUGAAAUAAUAAUUGGCGUUUUAACAGCCAUCACACUCCUGCUGCUGAUUGUGUUCGUCAUCGUGCUAAUUGUAAAUAAACGGCACAAAUUGCAAGGGUCGCCCACUCUCCUCAGGAAUCCCUUCGGAGUCACCAUUAACAUGAAGGAUCUGCUAAUGAACUUCUCGUCGAACAACAACGGUAACAAUGCGAACAUCAGUCACCCGAUAACGCCGGUCAGUCAACAGGAGCCGCCCGCGGCCACGGAUCCGCCGUCUUUCGAACAGUAUCGAUCACCCCUCGUGGCCAAUUAUUAUACACCGAAUUACGCCACUCUCAGGUGUUCGUCCGCAUUGGAUGAUCAAGAGACGCCGCCGGACGUGCCGCCGCUCCCCGAUUCCCCUACGCUGCACCAGAGUCCCAUCGGUGGUGGCGGCGGCGGCCAGAGCCCGUCGCCGUUGCAUUACCGCAGCCUGCAGAGCACGCCCGCAACCAUCAAUCCCAAGUCGAAGAUGAUCAAUCUGGGCAACUAUUUCCCGAGUGUGGCCACCGAUCCGCCCAACAGGAAGCGGUAUCACACUGCGCCCAGAGAGAAACACAGGAUCCCGCCACCGGUGAUUUGUUGGAACAUUGCGCCCAGCAUGGGCCAUGCCUACAACUGCAGAGAAGUGGAGCUUGUACCAAUACCCAGAUAUUCGCUGAGACCGUUGGAAAAAAUUGGAUCGUGCCACGCUGGAGAGAUUACUUUAUUCGAAACCGAAGGUCUCUGCGACAUAAUUCCCGGCGUCUGCAGCCUCGUAGCCGUCCGUACUUGUUGCCCGGACCGUGCCGGACCCAAAGAAGUGCAGAGUUCAGGCGUGGGCUCCAUGGAAUCGCUGCGGGAGGUGCGCUUCCUCGCAGGACUAUCAGAUGCCAACAUAUGCAAGGUCAUAGGGGUGUGCACCGCCGAACAGCCACCUUGGACCGUCAUAGAGUACGGGGAGAUGGGAGACCUGAACCAGUACCUGCAGUUUCUGGUCAGCAGGAACGGCACCAGCAGGUCCAACAACGUCGCCGACUCCCCCAUAAGCUGCGGUAACCUGAUUUAUAUGGCGACGCAAAUAGCCUCCGGGAUGAAAUACUUGGAAUCUAAACACGUCGUUCACAAAGAUUUGGCGGCCAGGAACUGCCUGGUCGGUAGGGGCUACGUGGUUAAGAUAGCAGACGUGGCGAUGUGCAAACCCCAAUAUAGGAAAGAUUAUGCGGAAAUUGGAGGCCGACCCCCGGCCCCAAUUAGGUGGCUCCCCUGGGAGAGCAUUCUCUUAGACCGAUACUCUUGCUCAAGCUCCGUGUGGGCGUUCGCCGUGACCCUGUGGGAGAUCUUAAGUUUCUGCUGCGAGCGGCCAUUUAGCAAUUUAUCCAACGAGAAAGUCAUCCAGAAUACGGAGCACAUGUACUACGGCGGCGAACUACAGGUGUUGCUGAACAAGCCGCCGUCGUGUUCGCCGGAAAUCUACGACCUGAUGUGCCAGUGCUGGCGUCGCGACGACACCGACAGGCCAUCAUUCAAACAGAUCUAUCUGUUCCUCAAGCACAAUAACAAGGAUUACACUCCUGCCGACUGAAAACUCUAGUGAUCGAUUAUCCAAAUGCUACAUACAAUCGUCUUGUGUACAUACUAUUUCUUAGGGUAAACAUUUGUUCACGGCGAGCAUACUACACUCUGUCUCCCGCUCUAUUUUCAGCCGGGAUCUGUCUGUUUGUCCGUCUGUCGCACGAUGUAGUAAUUGUAAUUAGUCUUGGCGAGAUGUUGGCGACAGUGACGGAUAAUUUGUCCGGCGUAAUCCGGAUUGGAUUUUGUACAGAUUGGACGGGACAUGGGCAAAAUUACUGAAAUACGCAUACGGAGGCAUAAUGUGUUUCUAAAAAUAUCCUGUACAUGUCUGCCCUCACAAUAUCCAAGAGAAAUUGUUCCAUCUUUGUAGUUUUGCUUAUUUCCUCCUCAAGAACAAUUACGCAAUUCGUAUACCACUUCACAGGAUAUCGUCUAUCAUCCUCUUUUGUAAUUGUAUAAAUAUUUAACGUAUUGUGCAACUAAAACUACACAAGAACAAUUGUAUAUCGUAUCAUAGAAUAAAGCAUAUCACAUGAAUUUAGAAAAAUUCGUAUGUAUUUAUGGACUAUGUCAUGUGAAGACUUAAAUUGACUAAUUUAUUUUACAACUCACGUACUAAUCUGUCAUCCUCUUUUAUUUGUUCCCAAACAAAACACAUUUUGAAUUUUCAAAUAUGUUUGCAUAUCAUAAACGAAUAUAAUUAAUCUCACAAGUACUUAAUUACACAAGUUUUCAAGUAAUUUCAAUGUAUAUUUAUAUAACUGAUAGUAUGGCAUCAAUAUUACUUGAUAUUAAGAGUUGUUAAUUUCGUGCUAUCCACUAUGAUGUAAAAAGUUUGCUUGAACAAAUAAAGGAGAAUUUUAUUAAUUAUCGUUAUAUUUAUCAAGUGCUUCCAAAAAAUACCUAUGACGUAAAAUAAUGGCUCUAUCAUUGUUAAACAGAUUUAAAUUUAUCAGGAUUUCGUGAGUUCUGCAAUAAAAUUCUAGUCCUAUGAUCCCUGAUUAUAAUGCAGAAGCUGUACGAAAUGCAGUUUGCUAAAAUGAUAUAUUUUUUAACAGCACAAGAAUAGAAUAAUUAAAUAGAGUAAAAAAUUUUGCUCAUUCGUAUUAUUUUGCUAUAUGAUAUUAAACGAUAAUAGUAAUGUAGGGACAAUCUAAAAUUACCUAAACGUAAUGCAUUUAAACCGUGUAUUAUUGUUUUAGGGUCUGUAGAAAAUUUGUAAAAUAUCACAUUUAACAACAAUUAUUUUUACUUGUUCUUGACUUUUUUAAAAAUACGGACCAAAACACAAAAAAUAUAUGACAGUUAACUAAUGAAAAUGUAUGUAAAUAUAAUCACGCAAACUCUAUAAAUGUUAAAUAAGUCAUUUAAAAAUAAUUGUUUUAAAAUUGUUGUCGCAAUUAUUUUUAAAAGAACUGUUCAGAUAACAAUGUAUUAAUAUUGCAAAUUUCAAUGUGAUUUAUUGUAUUUCAAAACUGUGUACAAGUACUCAAUUAAACAAAAUUGCAACAGUUUGCUGAUAUUCAGCAGUAAUAAUUGCAAACCCGUUUAAUAAAUAGUUUAUUAUUUAUUAAACUCAACUUAUUAACGGUCGAAACGAACAGAAUUAUUAUAGAAAUCAAUUAAUAAAACAAUACAACUAUUUCGAUUGUUAAUCAUUGUUUUGUUUAAUCGAGUACUUCAUGAAAGUAACAUAUCUACUGCUCUAUCUCUCAGUUCUCGUUGCACAGUAUUUAUAGAAUUAAUAAAUAUUAGAUACGGACUUAUUAUAAUAAAAUUGUUCAAUAAAAGUAAUUGUAAAUAGUCUAUGAUAAUUUAUAAAUAUAAAUAUAUAAUAAACUAAU